CCACUCGCGGGCUGGCUCGCUGUUCUGGGAGGGUAGUGAUCACGCAAGCCGGAGCAGUGGGCUGACGUUGGAAGAGCUGCCAGGUAGCUGAAAUCGGGCAGCAAAGCUACCGGAGCACUUGCAGCGUUUCCAGCCUGGGUCUGGACUGGGAGCCUCCGGGAAUCGGAGCCAGCUUGUUGUAACCUUCCAUACAGCAAUCCCCGCUCUCCAGAGCCAGUGCUCGCAGGCAGUGAGCAGCAGGAUGUUUGCAGUGUCGCGCCCAGGGCUCUGAGACAGAGCUUUGGGGGGCAUCUGUAUGCCUUUCUUUUAGGACUUUCUGGCUGCUGGCUAGGCUGAUGUGAGCCCCCCUCUUUUUGUUUUGUUUUUUUUGUUGGAAUGAUGGGGAUCUUUUUGGCGUAUGUUGGAUUUGUUUUCUUUUCCGUUUUAUAUGUACAACAGGGGCUUUCUUCCCAAGCCAAAUUCACCGAGUUUCCACGGAAUGUGACAGCGAUCGAGGGGCAGAAUGUGGAGAUGUCCUGUGCUUUCCAGAGCGGCUCCGCCUCUGUGUACCUGGAGAUCCAGUGGUGGUUCCUGCGGGGCCCUGAGGACCUGGAACCUGGAGCAGAAGCAGCUGGCCCGCAGGUGGAGCUCUUACCAGAGGGGGAGCCAGACAACGGUGGGACCAAGAUCAGUACAGUGAAAGUUCAAGGCAAUGAUAUCUCCCACAAGCUUCAGAUUUCUAAAGUGAGGAAAAAGGAUGAAGGCUUGUAUGAGUGCAGGGUGACCGAUGGCAAUUACGGAGAACUUCAGGAACACAAGGCCCAGGCCUACCUGAAAGUCAACGCCAACAGCCACGCUAGGAGGAUGCAGGCCUUUGAAGCCUCGCCCAUGUGGCUGCAAGACAUGAAGCCGCGCAAGAACGUCUCGUCAGUUGUUCCCAGCAGCAUCCACAGCUCUGCCAACCAGCAGCGUGUGCACGCCACCUCCAGCCCUCAAGCGGUAGCCAAAAUUCCUAAGCAAAGUCCACAAUCAGCAAAGAGCAAAUCGCCUGUAAACCCUACGGAGCGGACAGCAAAGUUGACCCUAAACUCCCAGCACCACUCUGCACCCACUGUCCUCUAAUUACCUACACAAGGAGCGCCUGCUUCAGGAAGCAUAAACGAAGAGGCUUUCACACGUUUUGUUGCUAUUUUCUUUGGCAAGCCACUGAUUUUUGUUAUUGUUUCAAGAGAAGUCGUGUGGCACGAUAGGACACUUUCUAGCAGCAAGAUUUCCCCCCAUCCCUUUUCUUUGGGCAACUUAAGGCAUCAUCACACUGACUCCUCAGGGAUUGGCCUGAACCUCAUCAGUCUAGUGAAUGCUUACCAUGGAAACCACUGAUUCCUUACUCAUUCAAAGACCCUUUAUCUCCAGGAAGCAAACAGAGAUCAAAAGGAGACAGAGCACCAACUAUGAUCCAACAAAAGUCCCCGUGUCGGGCAAGAACAAAAUUAUCAACAAAAAGAACAUCACCUUAAAUAUGGAAUAACAUAAGAAAGAGGUUGUUGUUGGUUUUUUAAUUGUCAUUUCUUUUUCAAAUUUCCUUUUUAUUUCCUUUUUUGCACAUCUCUUGUUCGUUGGUGGCAAGUGCUAAUUAUGACCAAUCCCUGUUCAUUCUGGGAUGUUUGUAUAAAUAACUUUGAGUGUUCUAUAUUUCAGUGUAUUUUAUUCAUUUCACAAUUCCUGUAUAUGCAAACUUGACAAUUUCUGUAAAUUGCUUAUAGUAUGUGUGUGCUAUAACUUCAAAGUAGAUAUACUAUGACCCAAAAGCAAGCUGAUUUUUAUCAUUUAUCAUAUGCAUAUAUAUAUACAUAUGGAUAUCUAUUGGUCCAGCCACCACCCAACUUUUGGUAAAGCAUUUGUUUUUCAUUUGUACUUCAUCUAUUGUGUGAAUUGUGUAGAGCAUUGUUUGACUUUACAGGUUUGACAGUUGCAGGUGGUCUCUGUUGCCUUCUGCUUCUUUCUGGAAAAUGCACAGUGAACAUUGUGUUGGCCUGUGAUAAAUUAAUUAAUUUUAUUAUGUGUAUGCUGUGUUGGAAUUUGCUGGGAUUUUUUUUAUGUAUAGGGUUUAUUAAAAUUUGAGGGUCUUUUGACUGUGAAGAAUGUCUAUUCUGGUUUUGACCCCUAUUUCUAUAUUAUUGUCAAAAAGGGAUCUUGCUUCUAGAAAUUUUGCCUUGGAAAUGAAUGUGGAGGAAGGAAUGCAUUCACCAUGGCUUUCUAAAUUCAUGGAAGAACACUUCCUGCUACGGCUGAACAUGCUGCUUUCUUUGACCUUUAUGAAUUUUUGUAACUUUGUCAAGCUAUUAUUUGCUGCUAAUUACAUUUUAAUGUCUCCUAAUUAAAAAUUAAAAUUUGGUUGCCGUCUAAAUAUAACAUGCAAAGGAUGACUGCAAAUCACUGUGGAAGAUGACAUGUUCAGUUUUCACUAGUUCAAUGAAUUAUAAUUUUAAAUAUUCCAUUGUUAUUUUAGGCUUUAUAAUAAUUCAGACUAUUUUUAUUUAGAAUCUGUUUUCUACUCUGGGGGGAAAGGGGCAGAAUAUCCAUGUGUUCCACAUGCACCUUGGAAUAGUUACGAGUUGAGAGAGAAAUGACCUAAGUUUUCCUUCCAGAGAGAGGUUCUUCCACUCUCUUUCCUUGCAAACCCGAAGAUCAUCUCUGCAUGGUUGUCAGUUCCCUCCUGAAAGUCCAGACUGAGGCUUGGAGGCAGUGAGCACCCUCUGCUUUUCAAAGGUAAAUGCAUUUGAUUUCCUGCCAUUCAACUAAGAGCAGUGCACACAGUUUUACAAUCCUCUUGACAUUGUUUUAUGAGACAUAAUGUUUCAUGCAGAACUUCAAUUGUCAUUUUUCCUGGUCAGUUAGGUUUCUUAUUUCAGUCAAAUGAGAAAAAUAAAUAAAGGUUUUCAUUAUGCUAUUUUAUUAACCUAGAAAAAUAUUUUCUUUCAGAAUUUGAUAUUUAAGAUUAUAUAAGAUAAAUAUUAUUCAAUUGUCCGUUUGGACUCAAAAGAUUACAUACACUGAAGCAUAAAUUAACAUACGGAUUCAACUUCAGUCAAUUUUGGAAAAUCCACCAUGUAAUUUACUUACUCAAAAUUCCAGUCAUGAGAUUAGUCAAUUCUAAAGUGAGAGAGACUUGUGUCAGUACCAACUGCAAGGUACGUGUGCUCACAAUGAUGGACAGAUGCUAGUUUGGGAAGGCCUCUCACUAGCUCCAUUGUGUCGGUGCCCACCUUUCAUGAAGACUUCUCUGUCGCUGUGCCACCACCAGCCGGGCACAGUCCUCUUUGGAAAGAACAUGGCACACUAGAUUCACUCUGACCAUAAAAGUUAAUAUGGACAUUUAAAGAUUGGAAGGGAAAUUAUAAUAUACUAAUGAGGUCUUCUAGUGGGUUUCACAUUCUAUUGCACCCCUCUGGGGUUAUAACUUUGUAUGUAAAAAUGAACAUGGAAACUAAUAAAGAUUGAAAAAACUCA